CAAGCGCGGCACUGCACAGCACCCGUGUAAUAAUGGGGCUACGAAUUUCGGCAGCCAAUCAGGACCCGCACGAAAUUGAGCCCUAACAUCUGGCGACUUGCACACAAAAACUUCUCUUGGAUUUCUUCCGAGUCUCAAUUCACAUCUCCAAGUACGGUCGUUCAGCACCCACCGCCACGAUGAAGCUGAACAUCUCGCACCCAGCGAACGGCUCGCAGAAGCUGAUUGAGGUGGAGGAUGAGCGCAAGCUCAGACACUUCUACGAGAAGCGCAUGGGCGCUGAGGUCUCGGCCGAGCCCCUUGGCGAUGAGUGGAAGGGCUACGUCCUCCGCAUCACCGGCGGUAACGACAAGCAGGGCUUCCCGAUGAAGCAGGGUGUCAUCUCCCCCCACCGUGUCCGCCUCCUGCUCUCCGAGGGCCACUCGUGCUAUCGCCCCCGCCGCACUGGCGAGCGUAAGCGCAAGUCCGUCCGCGGCUGCAUCGUCGGCGCCGACCUCUCCGUCCUUGCUCUGGCUGUUGUCAAGCAGGGUGAGCAGGAUAUCCCCGGCCUCACCGACACAGUCCACCCCAAGCGUCUCGGCCCCAAGCGCGCUACCAAGAUCCGGAAGUUCUUCAGCCUCAGCAAGGAUGACGAUGUCCGCAAGUACGUCAUUAGACGUGAGAUCCAGCCCAAGGGCGAGGGCAAGAAGCCUUACACCAAGGCUCCUCGAAUCCAGCGCCUGGUCACCCCCCAGCGUCUCCAACACAAGCGCCACCGCGUUGCCCUGAAGCGACGUCAGGCCGAGAAGGUGAAGGAUGAGGCUAGCGAGUACGCUGCCGUUCUGUCCAAGCGUGUUGCUGAGGCCAAGGCACAGAAGGCCGACAUCCGCAAGCGACGGGCGAGCUCCAUGCACAAGUAGGCGUGGAGCGUGUGAUGGGAUAAUGGGUCUCCGGUUGCUUUGGGAAAAUGGCCAUGGCGUGAUUACUUGCCAACUCAUUUCGGACGUGUACAUGGCAUAGAGACCUUACACGAGAUAUUGGGAAUGAGAGUUCCCGUCAUAAAUGAUAUCUAUGGCUUCUCCUUCAUCUCGCAGAUCUUGUUUGGGCACUUAGGGAUGGUGGCAGUGAGCAGUGAAACUCAGGAGCCUGUGAUUGACCCUGCGAAGGCGCCGUCUAGGUAUCGUUGCGGGUUGUAGAUUUCGUCCGCCAGUCGCUGUAGCGUUUGUUGACCAUGGACCUUAGCAAAAGGGGAGUAUUGCCAAUAUACUAGACUACCCUCAUCAAUCUG